AUGGGCCGACGUCCACGCACGCAGUUUUGCUGCUGUGCAUUUCCGCUCGUAAAGUUUGGUGCAUACGUGCUUGUCCUGGAAGCAGCCUUCGUGGCGCUGUGUGUCGGUGUGCUGGCGCUUGCGCCGCCACCGAUCGUCGGUGCCAUGGAGAGCGUGCCAAGCUGGAGUAAGGCUCUCGUGGCAGCGAUUGCGUUUGUCACGGCCGCCUGGCAGAUUAUUGGCAUUGCUGCUGUAAUCUCUGACCAGCCGACACUGUACCGCUUAUACAUUCGCUUGAACUUCCUUGCCACGCUGGUCCUCUUGGCGAUCACGAUUGCAUUCACUGUGACGGCAGCUGCGCGGCAUUCGGCGGCCGUGGAUGAGUGCAUGAAGCAAUUUGAAGGUACACUCGCCAGCAAUGGCCUCGGCAUCGACCAGGUGGAGAACACGCUAAACUCUGGGCGUCAAAAAGCGUGCGACAUUAUUUCAUGGGUCGACGUCGGCCUUAUGGGUGGCCUGAUUGUCGUGCUUGGUCUUACGCAGCUGUACAUGUGCUACAUGCAGCGCAAGUAUGGCCAGCUCCAGCGUGCUGCGAUUUCGGACACGAAGCCUGCGUUUGGAUCGGAUGGCAUCCCGAUGGCUAAUCGUUCAUCAGUGGGAUGGGACCCGCGCCGCAGGCCGCAGUACGAGCCUCUCAAUGCUCCGACGGCGCACCGAGCAACCAACGAGGCGCACAAUGGCGAGACCUUUUACGAGACGUACCAACGUUAG